GAGAGAGCCACUCACAUCACAAGAGAGACUCGCACUUACGUUGCGGUACCUCUCAUCAGGCAUGGCCUUCAAGGACAUAGCCAUGGCCUACAGAGUAGGGAUCGAGACGUCUCGGGAGGCUGUGCACUUAACAUGCGUAGCACUGUGGAAUAGGCUGAAGGAUCUACACAUGAUGCCCCCCAAAGAGUCACAGUGGAGAAGCAUUGCAGGCGGAUUUUCAGAGCGGUGGAACUUCCCGAACUGCACUGGAGCAGUUGAUGGGAAGCACAUACGAAUUGCCGCCCCUAGUAAGUCUGGGAGCACGUACUUCAACUAUAAGGGCCACUUCUCCAUCGUCCUAAUGGCCGUUGUGGACAGUCUAUACAGAUUCACACUCAUUGAUGUGGGUGCUGAGGGCCGUCAGAGUGACUCUGGUGUGUUCAAGGCUUCUGCACUUGGACAUCACCUAGAUGCUGGCACCCUAGGCAUGCCUGGAAUGAUGAAACUGCCACAGUCAAAUGUGAUCGUCCCCCAUGUUUUUGUGGGCGACGAAGCUUUUCAGCUGAAGCCAAACUUCCUUCGCCCGUAUUCUGGACGUGGUCUCUCUGUUAAGGAGAGAGUUUUUAACUUGAGGCUAAGCCGUGCCAGGCACUGUGCUGAGAAUGCAUUUGGUAUUCUCGCCUCACGUUGGAGGAUACUGCUGACGACAAUUAACGUCAAGCCAUCUAAUGUGGACAACGUUGUGAAGGCCGCUUGUGUUCUGCACAACUUCCUGGCUGAUUGUUGUGGGGUGCCUUCAGGAGUAGUCGAUCAGGUCGAUCGCUUCGGCAACAUCACCGAAGGGAGCUGGCAUGCCGAAGCAGGGCAUUUCGUUGAAGAACACCGCCUGGAGCGCACUUCUGCACGCAAUCAUAGUAGGGAUGCAGCAAGGUGCAGGGACUUGUAUGCUAACUACUUUGUCAGCAGUGCAGGCCAACUAGAGUGGCAGUGGCCGAGGGUAGGUGCUCAAGGGCCCCAAGAUUAACAUGAUGAAGACUAUGCCACUACAAAUAUGCCAUUACAAAUAUGCGUCACACCACUGAGAUGGACUGCAACACAGGUUAACCUACCAGU